AUUGAUUUUUAAAAGUCAAACACCAAAUACGUACAGAUUGAGUAAAAAACCCUUUGGUGAUAGCGCCCCCAAUUCUUCAGAUUGUUGUCGGCCAACAUUAUCACUGGAUUUCUUCAAGUAGUUGUUGGCUGUCGGCGUCAUCACCGGAGUUCUUCAAGAAGUCAACCUAAAUCCAUACCUACAUCUCCAAAUCUGAAGCAAGGAAGGGGAUCAUCUCUCUGCAAUUUUGAACUUUAACACGAAACUAAAUUCAUGGAUAAGAGUUGGGUUCAUUUGAAUAAAGGAACACCUGAAUAUGAGAAGGGUAUGGAUACAUAUUUAGAUAUCGCCUUUUCUUGUGAAGGGGUUACUGAUAAAAUACGGUGUUCGUGUUGUAAGUGCAACAACGUCUAUUUUAAGGAUAAAAGUGAUGUUAAGUUCGAUUUAUUUAGAUGGGGGAUGGAAAAAAGUUACACUAAAUGGAUUUACCAUGGUGAAAGCUUAAACGACGUGCCUAUUGAUGAUGGAGUUGAGGCAAAUGAUGAUAAUAAUGCAGAAAAUGAUGAUGUUGCCACAUUUGAAAUGUUGUAUAACAUGUCAAGAGGUGGAGGUUUUGGGGAUAUCCUUGCAGGUAUCGGAGAGCACUUCGAUAAUUGUGAUCCUAAACAACCAAAUGAGGAGGCCAAAAAAUUUUACCAAUUGUUGAAGGAUGCAGAGCAGAAGCUAUACCCUAACUUUGAUAAGUUAUCCAAACUAUCUUUUGUUGUCAAAAUCUUUCAGCUUAAAUGUCUUUAUGGUUUCACUGAUAGGGGGCUGAAUGGAUUGUUAGAUUUUAUAAGAUUUAUUCUUCCACCAGACAAUACAUGUCCUGCAUCUAUGAGGGAGGCUCGAAAGAUGGUUUCAGCUCUUGGGUUAAUGUACAAAAAAAUAGAUGCAUGUGUUAAUGAUUGCGUUUUAUUUUGUAAGGAAAAUUCAGUGAUGGACCAAUGCCCAGAAUGUGGAGAAUCUAGAUGGCAAAAAGUUCCAGAAGUUGUAGGCAAUGAGGUACCAAUAUUCAAGAAAAAAAAGAAGAGGGUACCGCGAAAGCUUUUACGUUACUUUCCACUAAAACCACGUCUUCAACAAUUGUUUAUGUCAAAAGAAACAGCUUCAGCUAUGAGAUGGCAUAGGGAUGAACGAGAAAAUGAUGGAAUUCUACGACACCCGGCAGAUUCAAAAGAAUGGAAAGAUUUUGAUGAUAAACAUCCAUCCUUUGCUAUAGAAUCUCGCAACGUGAGACUUGGACUAGCGAGUGAUGGUGUCAAUCCAUUUGGAACCAUGAGCAUUUCACAUAGCACUUGGCCUGUUGUCAUGAUCCCCUAUAACUUGCCUCCUUGGAUUUGCAUGAAACAUUCAUAUUGGAUGUUAUGUUUACUUAUUCCUGGACCAAAAUCUCCAGGUAAUGACAUAGACAUAUACUUGGCACCACUGAUUGAUGAUUUGAAAGACCUAUGGGAAGUUGGUAUCCAAACAUUUGAUGCUUCUUUACAACAAAAUUUUCAGCUUCGUGCAAUGUUAUUGUGGACGAUAAAUGAUUUCCCUGCUUAUGCCAUGAUGUCUGGUUGGAGCACAAAAGGUGAGUUAGCAUGUCCUUGUUGUAAUAAAAAUACUUGUUCUUAUAGAUUAAAGCAUGGUCGAAAGCAUUGUUAUAUGGGUCACCGAAGGUCCUUGUCUCAUGAACAUCCUUGGCGAAAAAAUCGGCAUUUAUUUGAUAAUCAUAUGGAACAUCGUGAAGCUCCGAAAAGACUUUCUGGGUACGAUGUGUUAAAGCAAUAUGAUAUGUUUGACCAAGUAAAGUUUGGAAAGCUUACAAGGAAGAGAAAAAGAGAUGAUAAGACUGUUAAUUGGAAGAAAAAGAGUAUUUUCUUUGAGUUGCCUUAUUGGAAGACAUUAUCUUUACGACAUAAUCUCGAUGUAAUGCAUAUUGAGAAAAAGUUUGUGACAGUAUCUUGGGUACACUAUUAGAUCUUGAUGGAAAAACGAAAGACAAUUUAAAUGCUCGUCUUGAUCUUCAGUUGAUGGGUAUAAAGAAAGAACUUCAUCCUGUUAAAAUGGGCGACAAGUAUUGCUUGCCUCCCGCAAAGUACAACUUACACUUAAGUGAAAAGAGAGCUUUGUGCCAAUUCUUAAAAGAUAUCAAGAUGCCUGAUUCAUAUGCAUCAAACAUUGCUCGAUGUGUGCAUGUCAAACAGUGUAAGAUAUAUGGAUUGAAGAGUCAUGAUUGUCAUGUACUUCUAGAACGACUACUACCACUUGCAAUACGUGAUCAUGUGUGUAAAAGAAGCUUUGGAUCACCUUUGAAAACUUCUAUUGUAAAAAGUCAGAAGAGUGCUAGGCUUUUAAAUAAGAGAGAGUGCUGCAAAUUUUUUGUUAUAGACUUAUGACACUUUUCUGUGAAGAAAUAUUGGUAUUGUAAAUUUGGCAAUGCUUGUGAUGGUCUUUGUUGAAAUGCAACUUUUUUAUUAUAGAAUUAUGGUGCUGCACUUCUUGUUCGGAA